AUGAGGCCGUACACCCAGGUCCCUCAACUUGAUCCUGACGAUCUUGAUCUUGUUCCUCCCGACUCCACCGAGCAGACGGAUUCUCGUCUUGCCGGGUUACGGCUGUUCUGGCUGGCAGAUGUGCUUUGCUGUGGUGGUGCGUUGUUUGGGUAUGACUCCGGGGUGAUCGGAGGGGUGCUCACCUUUGAGUCAUUUGCGCGCGACUUUCGAUGCAGUCCCACAGACAAGACCCGCGUGAGCUCCAUCGCCGUCGGCAUCCAGCAGGCCGGCGCCCUGGUAGGCUGCUUCGCCGUCUGGCCCGUGACGAACCGCUGGGGCCGCCGUCUCGCCAUGAUGGCAUGUUCCGCCGUCUUCUGCGCGGGGGUCAUCCUCGAGGUCAUAAACUCGCACUCGCUGGCCCUGUUUUACGCCGGCCGGGUGAUCUGUGGCCUGGGGAUCGGUGGCUCCGCCACCGUCAUCCCCAUCUACAUGGCUGAGAUGAGCCCCAAGGAGUCGCGCGCCAGCCUCGGCAGCUGCUACCAAUUCACCUACACCAUCGGCAUCCUCGUCUCGUACUGGAUCGACUACGCCGUCAAGUUCAUGCCCCCCUCCCCAGCCCAAUGGCAGAUCCCCAUCGCCCUGCAGCUCGUCCCCGGCGCCCUUAUGGGCCUCGGCACCAGCACCCUCCCGGAGAGCGUCCGCUGGCUCCUCGCCAAGGGCGACCCCGUCCGCGCCCACUCCAGCCUGCUCUGGAUCCGCGCUUCGAAUCCUAACUCCCCCGCCCUCUCCGCCGAAUUCUCCCACAUGCGCCUCGGCCUCGAGCAAGAGCGCACCGCAACAGCCAACUUCCACCCCCGCGAACUCCUCGCCGGCCCCAACGCCCGCCGCCUCCUCCUAGCCUUCAGCCUCUUCCUCGCCCAACAAUCCACAGGCGCCACCGCCCUCGCCUACUUCGCCCCGCAGUUCUUCUCCCUCCUCGUCGGACCCGCCGAUAGCAACUCUCCCCUCCUCCUAACAGGCAUCUUCGGCGCCAUAAAAGUACUCUCCUGUCUUCUCUUCCUCCUCUUCCUCUCCGACCGCUUCGGCCGCCGCCCGCUCCUCCUCUCCGGCGCAGCAGCCAUGUCCGCCUGCAUGCUCGCCACCGCCGCCGUCCUCAAAUCCUAUCCCCCGGCACCUGCCUCAUCAUCCUCACAAGGAAGCACCGCCCUCACGCCAGCAGCAAUCGCAACCAUCGCCCUAAUCUACCUCGACAUCACCGCCUACAAUCUCUCCUGGGGCCCAUUGCCCUGGCCCUGCGUGUCUGAGCUCUUCCCCACGCGCAUCCGCGAGCCCGGUGUAGCGGUGGGUGUCGGCGCGCAAUGGAUGUUCAAUUUCGUGUGGUCGUUUAGCACGCCGUUUAUCCUGGCGAAGAUUAAGUGGGCUACGUUCCUCUUGUUUGGGGGGUUGGAUCUGCUGAUUGUGGGGUUUGUGUGGGGGUUUGUGCUGGAGACGAGGGGGAAGUCGUUGGAGGAGAUUAGUGCUUUGUUUGAGGGGAGUUCCCCUCUUUUGUCUUCUCGGGGAAGUGAGGGUGGUUGUGAGGCUGGUCGUGGUGGUGAUGGUGAUAAUGGCAAGGAUGGCAGUAUAUUGCAUGUGGAGGCUGGAAGUGCUUCUUCGUGA